AUGUUGGGUGUUGCUGAGCUGACUGAAUCACUCAUUGAAUGUGCAAAAGAUGCUAACGCAACGCGAUACGUCAAUGGGGUCGGCCUCGUCAUUGUUCUUUAUGAUCACAUGAUAACGUUUCACGAUGAAGUACGACUUAUCUGGCAAGCGAGGUCCUCGUUCGCAAAAUGGCUAUUUUUAUGCAAUCGAUAUAUGGUUCCCACAACUUUGAUCUGGGUUGCCAUAUUUAUGAAUAAUUUCACGGACAAUGUACUAGGCUCUGAUAACAAUUGUCGAAGAUUUUUUGCCAUCUCUUCUGUAUUCGGCGUUUUAUCGGUCGCGAUUGCAAAUGUCCUCGUGCUGUUACGUGUUGUCAAUCUCUGGGAACGCAGUCGGAUGCUCUUUGAGGUCAUUGUUCUUCUUGCGGUCUGCCUGAACGCAUUUGACCGACCGCAUAUACAAAACUGUGAAGUGAAGCGUGGACUUAUUAGGGAUGGGAUUGGGUUCUUCGCUGCAUUAACUGCUUUACGAUUAUUCAAUCUACUUCUCACUUCAGUCGUAAAGCCUUCAUUAACUGUUCUCGGCGUAUUUUUUGUGUGGGCGAUGACCACUGUCGUCCUAAAUCGUGCUCUCUUCAGCAUCCUCCGAACGACGGUGGACGCACGGUCAUGGGACACAGAACUAUCACUUCCAAUAAGCACAAUGAACAUCCGAUCUACUUCGCCUUAUUCUCCUAUCCAACUUUACCCUUCAAGGGACAAAAUAUCGAUGACGGAGGCAUAUGAACUUCGUUAG